AUGCUUUCACUAACUAAACGGAUCGCAGUCCAAAGAGCAGUGCCUACUGCCAGUAGACUCAUACACACAUCUUUCACCAGAUGGCAAAAAGCCGAGAAGCCAGCUCCUGUGGAAAAGGAUCUGACGGUUCCAACCUACAAAAAGAGACCCUUAAGUAGAGUCGCUAUUGGUGGCUCCCAGAACACUCAACAUAAGUAUGCGGAAGGUAAUGGUAUUGAAUUUGCUGCGUGGAAGGCAGUGGUUGUGUUGAUUGUUGCAGGUGGAGCAUUCACGUGGUGGUUUUCCCACGAGAAAGAGAAGUUGAGAAUCCAAAGAGAAGUCGAGAGUAAGAGAAGUAUGGGAAAGCCUUUGAUUGGCGGAAACUUCACAUUGGUCGACACCAAUAACCAGCCUUUUACCCAGGAAAAUUUGAAGAACGACGAAAAGAAAUUCUCCAUCAUCUACUUUGGAUUCACCCACUGCCCUGAUGUGUGUCCAGAUGAAUUGGAUAAAUUGGGAGAGAUGUUGGAUACGUUGAAGCAGAAAGAGAACAUUGAGUUGCAGCCUGUAUUCAUCACGUGUGAUCCUGCCAGAGACUCUCCAGAAAUCAUCAAGCAGUACUUAGAAGAUUUCCAUCCUUCCAUUAUUGGUUUGACUGGAACAUACGAGCAGGUGAAGAAUGUGUGCAAGAAGUAUCGUGUUUACUUCUCCACUCCUCCCGAUGUGAAGCCUGGCCAGGAUUACUUGGUGGAUCACUCGAUUUUCUUCUACCUCAUGGACUCUGAAGGCCAGUUCGUGGAUGUGAUUGGCCGUGAGGUGGAUGCUGUCACUGGUGCAGAGAAGAUCAAGAAGCAGGUGGAUGCUUUCAUUCCACAGGCAGAGAGGGACGCCAGAAAGGAUUCGUGGUUGGGUUUCCUCUACAAAUAG